CCGGUUGAUGGUACAGAUUUGUCAAAUAGCCUGUGCAUGGCAUGGUUGAUAGGAUAGCUAACGAUUCAGGCAGAGAACCGGAGUGGAGGUUUUUAUCGGCUUGUAACAGAAGUUAAACCGUCAGAGGAGUCCAGAGUAACUCCAUCUCCCCUGCUCGCUUCACACGCUGUCCUCACUGUCUAAGCGCGGAUUUUCACGUUUGUCAUUGCUCGGUUGGCUGACUGAGGCUAGUUAACGCUGCUCUUUGAAAAUGGCGGAUGUACAGACGGAGAAGAGCCUGGACGAUUUCUUUGCCAAGCGGGAUAAAAAGAAGAAGAAAGAGAAGGGGAAGGGGAAAGAGUCCGCAGCGGGCCCCGCGUCGGCUGCGCUGAAGAAGACCAAGAAGGAGAAGGAGAAAUCGGCGAAAAACGAGAACCAGGACGCGCAGAUCGAUAAGGAGGACGAGGAAUGGAAAGACUUUGAGCAGAAAGAAGUGGACUACAGUGGGCUUCGACUCCAGGCUUUGCAGAUAAGUGACGAGAAAGAGGAAGAGGAGUACGAGAAGGAGGAGGUCGGUGAGGAGGGAGAGAUCAUUCUCGUUAGUGGGGAUAAAGGUGAAAAAGGUCCCUGGAACAAGUCUGGUGCUGCUGCUGCUGCUCCUCCUCCUGCACCCGUGGAGAAUGUAGAGGCCCCUGAGGCGAAGCCCGCCGGUGUAUAUCGCCCUCCAGGAGCUCGACUUACCACCACCAAACGAGCCCACAACCAGGGCCCUCCCGAGAUCUUCAGUGACACGCAGUUCCCCUCCUUACUGGCCACCGCCAAGCAUGUGGAGACACGCAAGGACAGAGAAAUGGAGAAGACCUUUGAAGUUGUGAAACACAGGAACCGUGGCAGAGAGGAGACCAGCGGCGCUUCUAUGCAGCACUUGCAGCUCGACAACCAGUACGCCAUCCUGGGGGAUAAGUAGAGCUGCAUCCCUCCGUCCCCUGGCCCCUCCAGCACGGUCCUGCCCAGCCCCUUUGAAGGAAGCUGAUCCCAAAGCUGUGUGGACUGCAGUCCUGACUGAGCUCACAGUGCCACCAUCGCCACACACAACACACAGCCCCAUACAUACACAACCACAGCACCUACUGCAGCACAUACAGCGGCGCGCCCUUUAAAUAGAUCCAGUAACACACUUCACAUACAUUUGGUUGGCAAAACUGAAGGACUGCAUCUGAAGGGGCUGAAAGAGGGAACCAUCGAAAUGGAAUUAGGAAAUGCACCCAAACGUACGACACUGCAGCAGCAAAACAAAAAAAAAAAAAAAAAAAAAAAAAAGGCGCCGUAGGUGUCCUUUGUGGAUUGUACUCAGAGCAGCAGUUGCGUGGCGCAACUUCACUCUGGACUUGCUUUGAGAAAAGCCACAGAGGAUUGAAGAUGACUUUAGGCAAGAUGAUUUUACAAACUUAUGUGAGAAUAUCUAUAUUUUUUUUUUCUUUUCUUGCAAGAUUGCUAUAACCCAAUGGCACGUGGUUAUUUUGAGGUGUGUUUUUUUUUGAGUUGCGGUUGGAACUUUGGGAGUGGGGAUACUACCUCAGCAGUAUAGCUGGUGGUGACCAUGUGGACUGAGCUUUUUUUUUUUUUUUUUUUUUUAACCCCCCUACUGUGGUGGAGAUGGGAGAGGGAGGAGGGGCAGACACCAACCUCCCCCCCCUCCCCUCUGUGUACAAGCUGAUCAUCAGGCUCUUUAAUUUAGAAACUUGAAGCGUUUUAUUUUUCUUUUCUUUUUUUUUUUUUAAAUUCACAACGACACUCUGCAGAGAGCAGUGGACAAGAAUCGAUAGGUUGCAGUCCUCAUUUAGGUGUUUCUUUAUAAAGUGGCCUUACAGAUAGAAAGAAACUGCAUUGUCAUCUGAGGUGAAGUGUUGUCUCAAAGGCUGUUGCCCGCCUCUGAAUCUCACCACUCUGUGAAAAAGGAGAAAAAAAAAAAAAAAAAAAAAAUGCAAAAGGAAAAAGAAACU